CAGCUGAAAUGGCUCGCAGCGAGGAUGCGCACAAGGUCAGCUUCGAGGAAGCGCUCAACAGAACAGGUUUCGGCUUGUACAACUACUUGGUGGUGAGCAUGGCGGGAUUCAUAGUGAUCGCGCUGGUGUGCAUCGCCUUCAGCACCACCAUCAUCAUCCCCACCAGCGCCUGCGAGCUCGGCACCACCUCCUCGCAGCGGGGCAUCCUGGCUGGAGCGCCGGUCGUAGGCCUCAUCCUGGGAGCAGUGCUAUGGGGUUACCUAGCAGACAUAUUUGGGCGGCGAUACACGCUCAUCAUAUCGCUGCUCGCGGCUGCGACCGUCAACGCGCUCGCCAGCAUAUCCGUCAACUGGUUGAUGCUCAUGUUCCUGCAGUUUUUCGCCACUUUCCUAUCUGCGGGCCAGUUUCCCCAAGCUAUGACUAUCGUCAGUGAGAGUGUUCCCAUGAGUAAGAGGAACUUGUGCAUCCUGCUUGUAGGUAGCAUAUUCUUGCUGUCCCAGGGACUUAUGGCAGCUUUGGCGAUACCAAUAAUCCCUCUCACGUUCUCAUACUACCUGCCAAGUCUGGGGAUCUACUGGAACUCCUGGAGGACGCUCAUGCUGGUAUACUCCUCGCCCAGUCUGCUGUCAGCCUUGUGGUUAUACUUCAUGUGCGAGAGCCCCAAAUUUUUGUUCUCUAAAGGAAGAGAAGCAGAGGCGAUGGAUGCGUUGAAAAAAAUACAUAGAGUGAAUAAUUUAAGGUCAAGAACUGAACUACAAAUAAAAGGCGGAAUCUUGGUAGAGCCAGUAGAUGGGGGAAACGCUAAAGGCGCCGGUAACCAAUGCGCUCCCUUGUUCAAGCAACCCUUGCUGAAAUCUACAAUCAUCAUGACCUUACUAUUUCUAUUCCAACAAAUACCAGCUUUUCUGAUCUGGCUGCCUACCAUUUCUGCCCAAUUCGUGCAGAUACUGGAAACUGGGGAGGGCUCGAGUCUCACUCUCUGUGGCAUCAUUAGGAAAAGCUUAGAUUCACCUCCUGAGGAUGACGAUGCGUGCGCGUUGAAUGUGACGUCUCUCCUCAUUGUCCUGGUGGUAGGAGCCAUACAGUCGGUGACAAACGUGUUUAUGAGCUUGAUGAUCAGUGUGACUGGGCGGCGCAACAUGGCGAUGUUCGUGACGGCGCUAUGUGGCUUGUGCGGCAUCCUCGUCAACCUGAUCCCCAACGCCAUCGCCAGCGGCGUCAUGUUCUUCAUCUUCCUCAUCGGCAUCGUCACUUCGGGGCUGUACACCGCCAUCGCCGUCGCCUUGUUCCCCACUUCGCUUAGAACUCUAGCUGUAGCACUGAUCAUGACAGGUCAUCGGAUCGGCUCGUUCGCGUCAGUGCAGAUCAUCAACCUACUGUUUGAGGUCAACUGCGAAGCUGGCUUCUACGUUUAUGCUUCUAUAUUGGCAGUGUCAGCUGUAAUAGCCGCAUUUCUGGAGGAUGAUAGGAAACUUGGACAAGCAAGCCAAGGGCCGAAAGACGAAGCGUCAAAACUAUAGUAGUUUAUAUAAUUGUACAUACACUUACCGCAUAUACCAAAGUAUAGACCUAAACAUAGAUUCACUUUUGUUGGGUAUUUAUAGCGAAAUGAUCUUAAUGUUAACCCUUAAUAAUACGUACUUAAUGUAAAUAAUUUAUUUGUAAAGCUUUUGUGUUACGUUUUCAUUUCAUAUCUAUCUAUUAAGUGCCAUGAAUAAUAAUGUUGGUUUUUUGUAAUAGGUAAUUUAAGUACGGUUAAGUAAGUAGUUAGAAAUUAUUAUGUCUCUUCCUACUUUUUUGAUUUCUCAACCUGAGUUAUUGUUCAUCAUCAUCAUUAUCAGCUGGUGAACGUCCACUGUUGGACGUAGGCCUCUUCCAUGGACUUCCUAACAAAACUGUCUCGAGCCGUCAGCAUCCAGCGCGCGGCUCCCUGCAAUUCGCUUGAUGUGUGUUGAUGUGGUGUCGCCUUUCCAGCACUUUAGGACCCCAACGUCCAUCGGCAUUUCAAACUAUAUGGCCUGCCCAUUGCUACUUCAGCUUCGCUACUCGGUGAGCUAUGUCAGUGACUUGGGUUCGUCUGUGGAUUUUUUAAUUUCUGAUUCGAUCACGCAGAGAAACCCCAAGCAUAGCUUGCUCCAUCGCCCGCUGGGUGUUAUUGUUGUUAAUAUUAAAAUCUAAUGUAAUGUUUUCUAAAAACAACUUAAAAUAAAAAUAUUACGAGGA